AUGAACGGAAACAACGGUGCAAUACACACUGCUAGGAUAUUUAGAAUAAUCAAAGGAAUUAAAUUAUCAAGAGGAUUGAAUGUAGAAAGAUUAUAGAAAGAGCGCUCGGUCUAUGAUAAAGUUCUUGUAGGAGUACAAAUAAAAUUAAAUAGAAUACUUUUUAUUGUAGGCAAAUAUUAUAUGAAUAAGCAAGUUAGGGUGUAAGCAAAUAUCAAACUCAAUAAGCUAUAGCAAAACUAUUCUUCUGGACAGCUGAAGGUUUGUGAAUAAAAUGGAACAGUUUAAAACAUUAAAAAUUAGAAUGUCUCAUUUUAGUAUUUGAUUUGUGAAAUAUUUAAAUAUAUGUAAAGAGCAAGAACUAAUAAAUGUGCAAAUAGCAUCUUGAAGUAUUAUACAAUAUGGAUGUUCUUAAAUGAGGUAUGA